CUCGUUUUUGUCAUCACCUUUUUCUCAUUCCCUUGCCUAUGGACCUCGCCAACCUUAACGUCGGCCGGGCGCAUUGUCUUGCACUGUCUUCACCAUCUUGAAUCCAUCGGCAUCCGUGAACUUGAUAAGAUCCGAGCUCAUUUUACCUCACGUUCUCAUCAAGCAGAUCUGCGUCGUUCCUCUUUUCUUCUUACCUGACUUGUCUGAAACCCUUUCAAAUCAUUUUCGCAGGCACAGUCGUAAAUCUGACAUUUUCACAGCGCCCGAUAAACUGGUAUACCUUAUUGGCUAGUUUGUGGCAUCAUACUAGGCAAACAACUCCGCGAACUCAUCUUCAACCACACCAACUGUUCUACCGAAUCUUGCUUCUAGGAAGCUCUUUGAUCACUAUCCAAUGGGAGGCUGUUGCUCGUCAGGAAAACCUGUCCCGCCAGGAGAGAAGCCGGCGCCAGCCCCAGCCCCUGGAGCAGCUCCAGGAGGAGGAGCACCUGGAGCGACAGUGAAUGACCUCAAGACAGAUCCCAGCACUCUGCCUGUUGCUGACGUGCCGAAGCUCAAAGAGCAGCUUGCGAAGCCUGGCUGCAAGAUCGUUGAUUUUCGUGCUACCAUUGAGUUCGAAGUCGCCCCCCUUCUCGCCGGUGCCAUUUCCGUCCCUUCCGGCCCUGACACCUGCAUCGCCAACGUGCGCAAAGCUGUCGCAGAUGGCAUCAUCCCGCAGGACAAGGACACGCCCAUUAUCACUCACUGCAGUCUGGGAAGGAGAGGGUCACUCGCAUGCGCAGCCCUCAUGGAUAUGGGCUACACCAACGUCAUCAACGGCGGAACAAUCGAAAACCUCGAGGAGGCCAUGGAGGCCUAGAACACCCUCAGGCUGAGCUCAACUCAAUGUGGCAGCCGCCGGUAAUCUCGGCUAAGUGCAUACAGGAUUGCCAAGGGUCCGAUCGAAGUUCAAGAUGAUUCCCAUGGUCACUGUUACGCCAACGGUCUUGCCCACUGCGUUUCAUCCUAUCAUACCCUUAAUUCGCAGUCUGCUACAGUGAUUUCUUCCCGUCACUAUGGUUCUCGGAACUCGAAGCGGGAGUCACUGAAGUUGAAGUAAUAAACUGUUUGAAAUUGA